AUGGCGCUCGUCGCCCCUAUCGCGCCCGCCUCAGGCAUGGGUCCGCCAUCUCGCCGGCGUUCCCUCACGCCGUCGAGAGAACUCGACACUUACCGUUUCCAAGGUGCGUCCUCCUCUGUAGUGGCGACGCUUGCUCAGCAAAGCAGCUCGAACUCGCGCUUUUACUCCAUCCAAUCGACUCCGCGCACGCCGGCGACCGUGGCUGAAGCCGCGGCGAAUGCCGCACUGCGCGCGGCGCAGGCGGCUGUCGCGGCUGCCCAUGCAGCCUCGAUCGCUGCAGACGAGUGCGCAAAUAUGGAAGAAUCUGUCAUGUACUCGCCGCAGAUCUCUCCACUCGACGACCCGCCGAGCGCCUUCCCCAAAAGCGUGACUGCAUCCGCGAACUCCUCCCGCGCCGUCAGCCUCUCUGGCGCGGAAACGGCGCGCAGCUCCCUCGGUGACAGACCGGAGACGAAGUCGGUGGCGCAGAGCCGCGAAACUUCGUGUGUGAUUGCGCUCACGAGUCAGGAGAGGUCUGGCGGCGAAGUGGCGAUUUUCCAACGGGAAAAGAGUAUCUCCGCCAUUCUCGGGAAACAGGACGGCAGGAAACCGCUUAGCCGCACCACAUCGGCGAUGCUGCCGACGCUGCGCUCGGGCUUCCAACCGCAAAACGCAAAGGUGCAGCAAAACACAGCAUCCGCUGUGGCAUCGUCGGGAAAGAGCCUUGGGCGCCGCGCGUCGGUUUGCAACUUCGGAGCCAACGAGCAGGCCGACAGACAGGUCAGCGGAACUACACGCUCCUCGAGCAGCUUCAGCGGCAGCAGCGAGGCAUCCGCCUCCACGGUUGCGCUUUCAGUCACGCCGCUCGGCAAAACGCUUGGCAGAAGAAGCGCAAGCGUCCAGUGCUUCUCCAGUCAUCGGCUGACAAGGCGAGACAGCACCAGCAGCCAGUUGCCCCUGGCAAGUCGCCAACCUAGCGACUCCGGCAUGGAUUUGCACUCGCCCGCGGCCUUCCUCCGACUCGGCGUCGUGCGGCAAGUCACAGGCGACAGCAGCCGAAUGACCAGCGGGAUGAGCAUGUUUAUGGAGGACGCUGCCGCGGUAGCCAUGUCGCUUGCCGAAAAUGAGGAAUCCGUGGACGCGCCGCCGCAUCCCCAUACUCCCAAAGAGGCACCCAAGCCCCCGAAAUCGCCCGCGCCCACAAACUCAACGCCAGUGCGAGUGCUGUCUAGAUUCGCCUCUGUUCCCGCUCUCCUGCCCGCCGACGAACAAAGGCAGAAAAUGCUCAAGGAGGGGAUUCCGCCUACGCUGACGGCACAAGAUCUGCUGAAGCUGCAACGCGACGCGAAGAAAAACUUCAAUUCGCAAACUUUCCUCUCUGGCGCGACGCUCAAGAGCUUGCUGAUGGCGCCCGACGACAACGGGUCGGAAGCGCCAGCGAAAGCUCCUGCAACCCCGGUGAAGAAGUCCUUUGCAUUCCUCGCUAUUGAAGCCGCUCGAGCGGCGGCCGCGGCUUCACCGGACGGCAAUUUCUCUCGCACGCUGUCCUUUCCAGAAGAGAAGACGCCGCGCACGUCGUUCAGCAUGAUGGAGGAUAAAGAAGAGGAAUGCGAAUUCCAGGGCAGGCGACGCCCAAGACUCAUCGUCGUUGAGGAUGAAGACGAAGUCGACAUCAUCGCGGCCUCUGAGUUCCUCAGACGCAACAGGCUUACCCACUCCUGCAAACACUUUGGAGACAGAUGCAAGAUUAUCCUCCAGAAUAUGGCUCGCCUCUGCUGGUAG